ACCAGUUGAAUGCAAUGCAAAAGAAAUAGAAGAAGCAGGUUCCGAAAAUAGUGCGCAAAAUAGAGUAUAUUGUUUUUUUAUGUGUAUAUGCGACAUUGUUUAACUAUUCCAAAGAAAAGCGGCAAAUACAAGUGAUAUUGUGCGUUUAUUGUGCAGUGCAUACGUCCAAAGCAGAAACAAUCACAGUUCGAAAAGCAACCAAACUCAUACAUAUGCACAUACAUACACGAACAUACGGAGAGACAUUGUAUGUGUAGGCACACAUUCGUGCAGAGAAACGGGAAACUCAGUGAUUGUUGCAAGUGUGAGUGAGUAAAUGUGCGAGAAGGAGAGGAGCCAACCAAGCCUGUAAUAGUACAAUUGAUAAAACAAAACGCGGGCCCGGGCCGACGACCAAUUUUGCGUCAGGGGCAGCUCAAGGAAUCGUAGUAUCAGCAGGCAGGAGUAGAAGGAGGAGGCGGCAGUGACGAAGAAGAAACCUCAAGCACCAGAGAGAGAGAGAGAAAACCAAAAUUGUUGUUGCUAAAAAUAGCAACAAAUAGACGAACCCUGCGCCAUCGUUGACGCAGGCCACAGGCGCUUCUACGUAGUACCUUAAUUUCGAUUUGGCUUCCACUUGGCGGUGGCGACAGUGUCUGUUACCGUUAGCCUACGAGUAGUGACAAGACGAAAACUUGCUCUUCCUCCAAAUAACAACAAUCAAAAUAAAAAGUAUGCUUUUAAAAUUCACAAAAACCAGUGGAGCUGGCAAUGCUGGACCGGGCUCUGUGGCGGGAUCCAGUUCAUCCUCAAUGCAAACGACCACAUCGUAUGCCGCUCGCGGAACAGGCAUGCGGAUGACCAUGUCAACCAAUUCCACAAUGAGUGCCCGAAUACAUCGCAAGGGAUUUCGGAUACCCUCGAAAAGACAGCCCGGAAAGGGCUUGCCAGGCAAACUGCAUACCAUAACUAGGGCGGGUCCUGGCAAGAUAGUUCCCGGGAAGCGAAUACCACAACGUCCUCAUCCGCCGCCUUGCGACAACUCUAACGACAGUGGGCUGGGCUUCGACCAGCACACGGAGCUGCGAUCCUCAUCGGGGCCAGGAGUAGCCGAUCCGGGUAGUGCGAAUGGAGGAGGCAUUGGCAUGGUCCAGCGGACGAAUCUGCUGGUGAACAGCUCCCUUACGAACACGGUGGCUGCUGCGGCGGCGGCAGCUGCAGCUGCAGUGGCAAGUAACACGUUGCAGCAGCAUCACCAACAGCAUCAGCAGCACCAACAGCAGCAGCAGCAGCAACACCAACAGCAACAUUCACCGCAGCAGCAUUUAAUUCGGGCGAUACCUGUAUCAAGAUCGCGGCACACCAAGAAAAUGCUGAACGCCUUUCUGGACGACUUGGAUCUGGCCAACUCUAACUCGGAGGAAUCGACGGCCUCAACUUCCCUUUCUUGCUCGACGACGCCCAGCCCGGAUGCGGACACUGGCCUCGGCAAUCACAACGGGACCUCUCGCAACAGCUCGGAUCCAUUUGGUGGCGUCUUCCAGGCCACCGAGGCAGCUGUGGCAGCCGCUGUGUCAGCCUUUAAUGUCCAGCAUCAGCAGCCCCUUCCGCAACAACAGCAGCAGCAACUGCAACAGCAAUUUCAGUAUCCUGGAAUGGGCGUGCAACAGCAGCAUCAGCAUCAGCACCAGCGGAACGUGGCUCGGAGCGGGGGCAAGCAUAUCAAGCGCAAGAAGCUCGAGUGCAACCAGCUGGAGCUGGACAACGACGACGCCUGUAGCGAAGACGAGUUCAUUCGCAAGAUAGCCAAUGCGGCCAACGGGGUCUCUUUCUCAUCUGGAGAAGCGGCUCCUGUGGCGGCCGCACGGCCUCCGCCUGCCAUGACUAGUGUGCUGCCACGCAACGGCCAUGAGACAAAAUUUAUUUCGGCCCGGACUGUCACAAGGGUAGCUAACAAGCGUCAGCCCACGACGCCGCUAAACAGCGUUGCCAGCUCGAACGACGGCCACGUGCAACUAGAGAUCGUCUCACAGCCGGAGCAACAGCACCGGGCCCGCUACCAGACCGAGGGCAGUCGCGGGGCGGUCAAGGAUCGCAGCGGCAACGGGUUCCCCAUUGUCCGGCUGACAGGCUACGACAAGGGCGCCGUGCUGCAGGUCUUUAUUGGAACGGACAUUGGCCGUGUGGCGCCACAUAUGUUCUAUCAGGCUUGCAAGGUGGCUGGCAAGAACUCGACCCAGUGCAACGAGAAGAAGGUCGACGGAACCAUGGUCAUCGAGAUAGAUUUCAAGCCAGAGACGGACAUGACCAUCACCUGCGAUUGCGUUGGCAUUUUGAAGGAACGCAAUGUCGAUGUGGAGCACCGCUUUCCCGAGCACUUGACACAGAAGAACAAGAAGAAAUCGACUCGCUGCCGGAUGGUGUUCCGCACUCAGCUGACCCGUGAUGAUGGCACCACCGAGACCCUCCAGGUCUGCUCCAAUCCCAUAAUUUGCACUCAACCCCCAGGUGUGCCGGAAAUAGGCAAGAAGUCGCUCAAUUCGUGCCCCGUCGAUGGCGGCCUCGAGCUCUUCAUCAUCGGCAAGAAUUUUCUUAAGGACACCCACGUGGUGUUUCAGGAGACCUACGACAGCGUCAACGGCGACGACCCCGCGACCGAGAUCGCUGUGCGACAGCAGCUGAUUGGCGGCACAGCCGCUCUAUGGGAACAGAGCGUGAUGCCCGACAAGGAAUAUUUACACCAGACGCAUCUCAUAUGCACAGUGCCACCGUAUCUUCACCAGAACGUGAUCAAGCCGGUCAGCGUCCAGGUGUCGAUCAUAUCGAGCGGCAAGAAGAGCGAGCCGCACACCUUCACCUACACGCCGAAGGGCCAGUAUUCGACACUAGCGGCUGCCAGCACGUUAAGUAGCACAAUUCACGACCAAGAUGUGAACAACUUUAUGGACACCACAGCAGCGCCAUCGACCAGCGGGUCGAACUGGUCGACAAAUCCGCAGGCAUCUGGAUCCGGUUCGGGACCAGCCUCCAGUGGCGAGGGGGUGGUGGAGACCAAGCACGAGAUAGACUCGGGCAUGAUGCCCCCACCGAUCACCACACAGAUACCGAUGGGCGUUGUGCGCCGCUCGUCGCUGCCCAGCGCCUCACCCAUGAUCACGGAUCAGCAGCUCGUCCACCUCAAUGCGGUGGCCGUGGCCAGUGCCGAGGCCUUGAAGAGCGAGCUACUCGACGACAGCAGUACGCACAGUCCACUCACAGCGGAGCCCACCCCGGAUAGCCCCAACGGCAUGCAGUACCACCAUCAGACGCACUUUGCCCGCAAGUCCAGCCUCGACACGAUCAUGUUCGAUCAGUCUAGCAGUUUGCCCGGGUUCCCCGUCACAGGCGUUGAUAUUGACUCCGCUGCUGUGGCGGUGGCUGUGGAGCUGGCCGUAAAGAACGAGAUUGUCAAGCACGUGGUGCAACAGCAUCAGCAGCAUCAGCAGCAGCAACAGCAGCAGCAGCAACAGCAGCAGCAACAGCAACAGCAGCAGCAGCAGCCACAGCAGCAGCAGGCUACAGCGGCGGCAGCAGCGAGCGUGCACAAGUUCAUCGACGAGCUGACAAAGUCCACAUCGGUGGUCACCAGCAAUGGAACCACAGAGCCAGCACUCUUUACCAGUGUGGCGGUGAUCGAUCACGCUCUGACCGACAUUCUGCAGUCGAAGGUGGGCGUGCUGAGCCACGGCAACCACCAAACAGGAGGCCCACCCAACGGUGUGCUCGAGCGGAGUCUGUCGCUCGGAUCGACCAACUCGAGCAGCUCGUUGAGCGGCAGCGAGUCCUCCCCAAACAGCUCGCCGCUCACCCAGGACAUCAUACUAAACUCGGAGCCGGCCGCUGCUCUGGCCGGUGCCGCCGGCCUCGCUUCGUCUCCCGUCGAUGUAGGCGCAGGCCUCUCCACCGAUAUCAUCAUGAACCCCGCCGUCUCGCCAUCUACCAUACUUUGUUCGGCCAACGGGGCAGCCACUGCGGUGGUGCCCAACAUACUAGCGCCCCACCAAGUGACCAUGGCCAACUCCAUAUUGAACGAUAUAGCCAUGCAGCCGGAGCCGACGCAGCAAGAUGCAGCCGUGGCUGCCCUAGCGCUGAAGAACAUAAUGAUGAGUCCGCCGACGUCAGCUGGUGGGGUAGUAGAUACCCUUCCACCGACACCGGCUGCCUUGCAGCCGGAAGUGGCUGCCACAGCCACUUCGACAGCGGUUAGCAACAUGAUCAUCAAGGCGGCCGCUGACUUCAUCACCACCCAGGAGCAGGAGCAGCACAACUACCAUCACCAGCACACCCGUACCCACACCCAUUCGCAUACACACUCGCAUACACGUUCGCCGCAGUCUGGCGUUUCAGUGGCUAACAAUGUCGUUGAGGCUGGCGAGGAUCCGUUGGUCAAUCUCCUUCUGAGUCACUCAACCCCACCGGAGACGGCAGCCGCAGCUGCUGCAGCCGUGGCCGCGGAGGCUGCCAGCUUUCAGUCGCUUUCAGGUCACGGUCACGGCCAUAGCCAUAGUCAUAGCCACAGUCAUAGUCACAGUCACAGUCACAGCCACAGCCACAGUCAUGGCCACGGUCACGGCCAUGCUCACUCGCACGGCCACGCCCACUUGCCGGUUGUAGCGACCUCACCACAAGAAUCUCUGAUCGUUGCAUUGGCCAGCGAGAAUGCGCUGCAGAAGUCCGUGGCCACCGCCGCGGUCACCACCAAUGGAGCCGUGAUGACCCAACAGGCCUCGGCACCCUCCACGGCGGGAAGCAUUUUGCCAGCGGCUGUCGGAGCCGUCGCUGCUGCUGCGGCCGUGGCUGUCCAGCCCCCCAUACCCCAGGAGCUGACCACGAUGUCUGAUCAGGACCUGAUCAGCUACAUAAAUCCAAGCACCUUCGAUCAGCUGUAAACGGCUUGAGAUCAACAAAUUAAAUUACGUGGACUUGUUUUUAUUAUUAAAAAUUAAUAUAUUAAUACACAGACUUAAUACUAAGGAUUUAAACCUGUGGAUACGGAUUCAAGGUUUCAGUGUGGACCAACUUUGACCAAGCGACAGCGAAUAAAAGAUGUCUUUUGCCUCCCCCAUCAGAAAUUAAAACAGAGACACCCACACACACACACACACACACACACACACACACACACACACAAAAUAAUUAUGGCGUUUUUAAGCUGUAGCACAUAUAGCAUAUAUACACAUUUGUUUGCAUAUAUUUUGUGUUAGUUAAGAAAAUGAAAUCAAAUCAUAUCAAAAAGUUAAAUAGAAACAAUGAUUUACAACUGCCAUAUACCUACGAAAUAAAAGAACUGGAAGAAGGAUCAAUAGGAGUCCAAAAACGAAAUAUUGCAUACAGAAACAAGAAGGUCAGCAAGAAAAGAUCACCAAAAAAUUGUAGAGCAAAGGCAACAGUAGAUAUCAGCCAACGAUAGAGACCCAAAUCUCUGAGCAAAAGUAUCAGCUUAGGCCCAUUGAGUUCGAACCUUGUAUUUGGAUUGGGACGAAGAUAUUACCAGAGGCUUCUCCUCUUACAGCCCAUCGCAUUUGCCUUGUGAAAACAUCCACUAUUAAUCUCCUUUUGUUGAUGUAAAACACACAUUUUUCAUUAAGUCUGAAUUUUAAAUUUAUUUUUUUUUUUUUAUUUAAAAAGAAUUUGCAUGCAUACAAUAUACAUUUUUUGGAGCUUACGCUAGGAUUAUUGUUUUUGGGACAGAUACUAAAUUAAAUCCAAGAAUGGAAGAAUGAACUAAUGAUUAAACAGUUAUUUAUAUUUAUAUACAUACAAUUUAAGUUACAAAUACGAAGAAUAUGCGAGAAAUUCCAAAAGACUUUUUUAACGAUUUAAUGAAAACGCAACUAUUUGUUUAUGGGAAUUUUUUUUUUUUAUUCUUUAAUUACAUUUAUGGACGAAAACACAAACACAAAGAAAAAUUAAACUUAUGUUAUUACUAUUAUUAUAAUAAUACAACUAUUAAUAUUACGAGUACUAUUAAUGUUGAUAUAUGAUAUGAGGAGCGCCAGAUUUCAGUGUUAUCCUAGAUUGUCUAAAAUAUAUCACGUACGUGUAUGUAUGUAUUUCAUGUGCUAUAAAUGCAAAUUAUUGCUUUUGUAUUACCAUACAAGAACAGAAAGUAGAAAGAACACGAACCGAACAUUUAAUUGAAGCAGUUAGUCUUAUUCAACAUGUGUUACCCGAACCCUAAAAUAAAAAUCGAACGAAAUGUGCAUUUGUAUACCCUUAUUUAUAUACAUAUAUAAAAAAUAUAAAUACAUGUAUACCCAUAUAUUUAUUCUAUCUAUAACGAGCACGAAUUUCCGCCCACUCCC